AUUUAUGGUAGCUGUGAGGGGCACGGGGCCAACGCGUCUAGCCAGCUCGAAGUGCCACGACUUCAUAGUAGAUCUGGGAUCCAGCGGAGUGAGAGGGAGACCACUGAAAAAAGAAAGAAAUAAGGAAAAAAGCAAGUUAACCAAUCUCCUGGAUAUAUAGGCAGCUUUGUAAAGAAGCUACAAGCGUUUUGCCCUGUCAUUUCCUCUCUGAAGCGAACAGACUUGUCACGAGCGCAGAGAAAAAUCCUUGGUUGAAAAUCAGGUAUUUUAGAGUUUGGAGCUCACCUGUAACACAUCUGAAGACAGUUUUGUGAAGCCUGAGAUAAUUUAUUUACUGAACUCACACAAUGGACAUCUACGACCCCCAGACCCUUGGGAUAAUGGUAUUUGGUGGAUUCAUGGUGAUUUCUGCCGUCGGGAUCGCCCUCGUCUCCACCUUCUCCAUGAAGGAGACCUCCUAUGAGGAGGCCCUGGCUAAACAACGCAUGGAGUUGGGUAAAAUGCAAUCUGUUCGUGCCGACAAAAAGAAAAAAGACAAAGUGUCUGAGAAAAAGAACCGUGGGAAGAAGAAAGAAGACAAGCCCAACGGAAAAAUCCCAGAACAGGAAAAGGCCGAAGAGGCUGCUGAAGCCGACUCUGAAUCUGAUGCAGUCACUGAGCCUGCCGCUUCCACAGCAGUCCUUGCUGCUCCUGUUCCUGAGCCUGCCCCUGCUGUUGAAGUUAAACCAGCUGCAGUCCCUGUGGCUGCAGAACCCAUCUCUGUCGCAGAGCCCUUGCCCGUGCCCUCACCUAAAGAGAAAAAGAAAAAGAAGGUGGCAAAGGUUGAACCGGCCUCUACUCAGCCUGCUCCUGUUGUCUCUGCUCCUGCACCAAUGAAGUCCUCUGCAGCUUCUCUCAUAACUCAGAAUCCUGUGUCUGCUCCAAACAAAGCAGCCACCUCAUCUUCUGCACCAACCUCAGCUAAGCCUGCGCCCGCAUCGACCAAGUCUGCUGCUGCUUCAGCCAAGUCUGCUUCCACUCCUUCUCCUGCCCCUGCAUCAACCAAGUCUACUUCUGCAUCAGCCCCUGCAUCAACUAAAUCUGCCGCUGCGUCAGCCCCUGCAUCAACUAAAUCUGCCGGUGCGUCAGCCCCUGCAUCAACUAAAUCUACUUCUGCGUCAGCCCCUGCAUCAACUAAGUCUACUCCUGCCCAAGCCAAAUCUUCUGUGUCGACUGCCCCUGCAUCAGUUAAAUCUGCCACAACCAAAUCUGCCCCUGCACCAUCCAAGUCUGCUGCAGUCCCAUCCAAGUCUGCACCAGCUCCAUCCAAGACUGCUCCAGUGCUGGAGGCUGUCACUAAAGAUGUCCCGGUGAUGGCUGUGCCCCCUGUAGGAUCUCAGCAGGCUCCGGCUGUUGUGUCAAAACCACAGGAGCCCAAGAAGAAGGCCUCAAAGAAAAAGGCAGAGCCUGCAGUGGCAGUGGUGGACUCUGCUGAUGCUCCGCUGUACCUGCCCUAUAAGGCUCUGGUUUCCACCAUCAACACCAUGAUGUUCAGUGAGGGAGAGGCGCACAGACUCAUCGAGAUCCUGUCUGAGAAAAUCGGCAUCAUUCAGGAGACCUGGCACAGGGCCUCUCAGAAAGGAGACCCAGUGGCCAUGCUGAAAAAACAGCUGGAGGAGAAGGAGAAACAGCUGGCAGUAGAACAAGAGGAUUCUUCUGCAGUUAAGAACCGUCUCAGAGAGCUCACGAAGGAGCUGUCUGCUGAGAAGUCCAAAGUUGCCAGUGUGGAGACUAGACUGAGUUCUCAGCUGAGUAAGAGGGAACAAGAAAUGAUUGCUCUGCAAGCUCGUAUGCAGGCCAGUUACCAGGACCAUGUAGCUCAGACCCAGAGGCUCAAUGCAAAGAUCCUGAGCCUGCAGGACCAGCUGGAAAAAGGCCCCAAUGCUCAACUUGCACGUCUGCAACAGGAGAACACAAUCCUGCGCGAUGCUCUGAACCAAGCUACCAGUCAAGCUGAGAGCAAGCAAAAUGCAGAGCUGGCCAAGCUGCGACAGGAAUCUGCAAAGUUGACCAAAGAGCUUGGAGAGAAGACUGAAAGUCUGCUUGCUGAUGAGCGCGUCAGGAAAGGGCUGGAGGCCAAGCUCUCCGCUGCUGAGAAGCAGCUCUCCCUGCUGCAGGCCAGCCGUGCAGAAAGUGAGCAGUCCUUACAGAAAAGAUUGGAGGACGUGUGCGAGGAGCUCAGAACUACGCAGACCAAAAACAACAGCCUGCAGGCUACUUUGGAGAAGGUCCAAAAGGACAGCGGCUCAAUCUCAGAGUAUCAAGUGCGAACAGAGCGACUGGAGGCUGAGGUCGCGGAGCGUUCUGCUCGGGUGGAUGCCCUCACCUCCCAGCUGGAGGAGACGCGAGCAGAGAAGAGUCAGCUUGAACAGCAAGUGGCCUCGAUCAACUCGCUGUUGGAGGCCAGUCAGAGCAAAACAGAGGAGGAAAACAUUCAGAAGGCGAACGCAGCAGAAGUGGAACAUCUAAAGCUCCGCGUUCAAGAGAAAGACGGCCAGCUGAACGCGCUUCAUGAAGAAGUGACGCAGCUGCAGACAAAGCAGGAAGCCGCUGAGAACACCAUCACUGAACUUCAGCAGCAAAAUAAGAGUGAGGAUGCAAGCCUCAUCACUUCGCUUCAGAAUGAACUUAAAAAUCUCAAAGAGGAGAUGGUGCAACUUAAAAACACACCAUCGGAUAGCUCUGCAGAUCUUACACUACUAGAAAACAGUGUGGCUGAGAAGGAUGCUCUGGUGACAUCACUACAAGAGGAGCUGAGGGAAGCGAAAGAAAAGAUGUCAGCAGAUGAUACUCGUUUGGCGCAGCUGGCAGCUUUUCAGACUGAAACCAAAGAAACUCUUGAGUCGCUCUUCCCAAAGAUGCUAGUAGAGACUGAGCAGUCCGACUGGUUACAAGUGUUUACACAGAAAGCCCAGGAGUCCCUCAGCCAGCAGCGUCAAGAGGCUCAGUCGAGUUCGCAGCUGACGGAGUUACUUGGGAAACUGAAAGAAGCGGAGGAGAGUCACGGCUCCCUGCAGGCCGAAUGUGAGCAGUACAGGACCGUCUUGGCUGAAACUGAGGGAAUGCUGAAGCAUCUGCAGAAAAGUGUGGAGGAGGAAGAGUUGGUGUGGAAGUCAAAGAUGGCGAACUCAGAAGAACAGUUAAACGAGGCUUUGCAGAAAGUCAGCAAGCUGGAAGCAGACAACCAAAGUAUAGGACAACUGAAGGAGCAGAUGAUGCUUCUGGAAGCCCAGCUGGAGAAGCAGACAGACAGCCUGGUGAUCUCAGAAAACUUGGAGCAGCUAAAGCUGCAGCUGUCAGAGUGUCAGCGCCAGCUGCAGGCAGCCCAGAAGGAGGCCCACGUACACAAGGAGGAGCUGGAACAGGUCAGAGAGCAGCUGGGUGAGAUCACGAAGCGGACUCAAGGAGAGCAGAACGGCCCAGCUGAGGCUGAACCCAGUCAGGUUCAGAACGAGCUGAGUCAGAUGACGGAGAAGCUGCACGGGGAGGCAACUCAGAGGCAGCAGCUCUCAGAGGAGUUUGAGCAGGCCCAGAAGACUGUAGCAGACCUUCAAGCCCAGCUGGAUCUCCUAAAGGUUUCUGCAGAGUCAUCACAAUCGGACACCGAAGACGUAGCUCAGCUCAAGGAGCGCCUGGAGAAGGAGAAGAAGCUGUCCGGAGAUCUGGGCCAAGCAGCCACGAAGCUGCAGCAGCUUCUGAAAGCCACUCAGGAACAGCUGACCAAAGAGCGGGAGACCAUGAGGACACUACAGGAGCACUUGGAGGUCAAGGGAGAGUACGUGGAGUUGAAGGAAGGGACGUCCGUCUGAGACAAAGUUCAGCGGAGACACUACAAACUGCCAAAUAUGCCUUAUAUAAUUAUGCAUUCCAAUAUUUUCUUUUUUUUUUUGCAUUUGUUGCAACUUUUGGGAUCAAAUAUCGUGUAAUUAACAUUUCAGUUAAAAUCAUGCUGCAAUCUUUAUUGAAACUCACAU